UCACAUCUAUGAAUAGAAAUAAAGAUGAAUAUCAGAUCCUUACUAUGUGUAUUUGGAUCACUACUGAUCACUGUUCAGUCUUGCCAACCCGGUUCGGAUGGCCAGUUCAGUCAACUUGAACUGGGCAGCCCAGCAAAUGUUACCGCUCCGCUGGGCAGUGACAUACAGUUCAUUUGUUGCGGUGGCACCAGAUGGACAUACGAAAAUAAAGAUGAGUACCUCACUCGUGAAAUCGGUCCACAUCCGGACGCGGCCGGAGCACCGGACAAGAUAUCUGCUCCGCAUCUGACGGUGGUGAACGUUGCCCAGGAAACGAACAUGGAUACGCGGAAUGCGGUACCGACCACGGUCUACACAAUGCACGAUGACAAAGGGCGCUUGCUGUUGAUUAUCAAUAACGCGGACAUGCGCGAUAUGGGACAUUAUCGCUGCCAUGGUCCCACUGGCGUGCAGGACGCUUUCCUUGUGGUAACGCCGGAAAGAUACACGGAUGAUCAAUCAAGACCUGCUGUGAUCGAGCAUGGUUCGUUGAUUCCACGACACGUUAUGUUUUCUUCAGAUCAGUUGAAUAAGGUAAUUCUGAAUUGUCCCAUCACCGAUCGAUCGCAUGUCAUCCAAUCAUGGUUGUGGCGAGAACCCAUACUCCCAAGUUCAGAGGAAUUCUUGAAGGUUCCUCAGGGCAAACCACCAAGCCGUACGGUGACAGCCAAUCGGGCAGGGCUGCACGAGGGAGGGCAUGUGGAAAUCGGUCCAAAUCUGGCCUGGGCCAGAAUAGUGGAUCCGCUGUCACCAGAGGCCCCGGUCAAACUCUGGUGUCAGUUUGAGAAACCGGUGGCGUGGGAUAACAAGGAACCUGUGGUCGCCUACUACGUGUUGGACUGGGAAUUAUAUGAGCCAAUCGCGCCGAAAGUAUUCCUAUUGCCUUUACAAGAAUGGAGCCCAACUGGUGUUCCCGGCUUACAAGCACCACUCGGAGACGCAACAGUUAUAAUUCAGACACCGCCGUCCCCGUACGACGUCAAUCCUGCAGUGAUCUCUCAUCAGAUUGAACAGGCCGAAAUGCAACAAAGGUCAGGCGCGAAGGUCAUUGUAUUGGAACACAAGCCAGCACGGUUUGUUUGUCGUUUUCGAAAAAUCGAUCGAAGUGGCCUGGCACAACCUGAGGUGGUCGAACAACGGUUGCCACCUCAACAAGUCUACUGGUACCGUGGCGGCCAAUCGGUACAUGUUCCUCCAUUUCACGUGGACAACAGUCUAGUCACCGCGUCCGGACUGUCUAUUCUUGAUGUGAGGUCAUACCCAACCAUGUCAACGCGAGAUGGCGAAUUGCAAAGCUUUCAAGUACCUAGGGAAACGAUCACCUGUGCUGUUACCAGUGAGGUGAAAAGUGACCCAGUCUACAAGGUCACAACCAACGCCAGUCUGGACAUCGAGGUCAUAUUGGUACCCCAGAUCAUCAACCGGACAUUGUUACUCGCCGAACGAAGUCUAGAAGAUGCCGUAAAGUUAACCUGCGUUGCUGUGGCCAACGGGCCCCCAGAAAUGAUACUGGAAUUCAGCAAGACCGGUUCUGAACAGGAACGUAACUCCACAUUGCAAUGGCAACCGGUUGAACCGAGAUAUGGACUGAGUAUGCGACACAUCCCACCGGACAGACAAAUGCCAACAGUUCACCGUCUGGUACUUGAUAUAUCUGAUGUACGCCGAACAGAUCAUGGACUUUACCGAUGCACGGUGUGGAACCAAGCCGGGAGAACACAAGCCACCGGCCAAGUUCUGGUUCGUUCUCCACCGGAACUCAGCAUAAUACCUCAAGAGACAAAUUACUUUGUCGGGCACAAACCGUGGAUUGCUUCUUGUCACGUCACAGGUUAUCCGUUGACGCGAUCACAAACAACACCACAAAACGUCGCUGAAGAAGAGACCACCCCUGGUGACCAGGGCUCAAAGCAAGCUGGUGUGAGUUCGGAAGGUUCAGCCGCGAAUUCAUCCGUUCAAAUGAAAAUUAUGACGGUUGAAGGCGAACGCAUGGAUGGGGUGGAGAUUAACCUGAUAAAAUAUGAGGCGAACGACUUUCUAGGAAUAAACGCAACCUACGAAGUGCAUAUGAAUCAACGGUUUGGAAACGAAGCCGUGAUCCGAUGCGAGUACACACAUACCGACAAUCGUGUAGUCUAUCAGGAGCUGUUCCUACGCGAAGCAACAAAACCACCGGCGCCGAACAUCACUCUGCUUUGUGCCGGUCCAAAGGCUGUGGUGUUUGGUGUGACCAAUCCACGAGUGCACGAGGGCAGCCUUCUUACCGAACGUAUAGUCACUCAGAAAGUGAUAUUCGCUCCGGCCAAAAACGUAUUCUUCCACAAGCCGACCAAUAACUUUCUACGCAUUUCCGUAUUUUUGGCCGAUCCCUGUCCGUACGGCGGUGGAGCGCGUGCAGAACUCUCCGAUUUGCUCGUGCGCUAUCGACAAACCAUGGUGAAUCAAAGUGAUCCGAGCAAAAGCAGUCUAGUUGGAGUUGGCGAAUGGACAGAAAUGCAAGUAUGUCAAAAUCUGAUGGGUCUGGACAAGGCGGAAAAUUCUGCGAACAGUGCGGGGUCGGACGAGGAGCAGCUUGGGAUCAAAUGGGCCGGCGACACGCCGAUACCCUGCGAGAUUCCAGUAGAAGAUGCGGGGGAUAACUAUGAGGUCCAGUUGGCCACGCGGAAUCGAUUCGACAAAUCUGAUUGGUUCACAGCAAUCUAUCGACCAUCGCAGACCGUACAAUCGGCUUCUCUAUGCUACCCAACUUGUACGGCUGCGCACGUGAAUCCCAAGUUCCUGAUUGGUUUAGUUGUAUGGUUCAUUUCACAAAUCUUUUGGAAUAUUGUAUAACUUUUGUUCAGUAAUCACGGACGUCAAGUUUAUUCAUCCUUAGGUCUCCUUAUUCUAAGACGGUUUCCCUUUAGAAUUUUAAGAGGUUUCGAAAUUUCAAAAUCUGAUCAGUUGCAAGCAUUUAAAAAAGUUAGAUAAUCUGUGCCACCAAAAAGAUUUCUCGGUCAUUUCCAGACGCACACUUUUACAAUCCUGUUAUUGUUAUCGCCAUCUGUAAACAUUUCAAUCCAUCAUCCGAUUAAUUUGUGCUCAACAAUCGUCUUUAGCUUUCGACUGUGAUGUUUCUUUCCGUUGUUCUCUGUUUGUCCCCGAUAUUCUAUCAUUUCGUGUGUGCGUGUGUAUGCUUAGAUAACGAGAGUCCAGCUCUACUAACGUUGAUG